UGGUCCUCUUGUCGUCCCGCUAUACAUUCAUCAUUGUGGACGAAACUACAUCAGCAGGACUAGGAUUCUUUUGACAGUCUGUUUCAUCUGUGGUUGAGUCAAUCGCGAGAUGACCAGAAGAAAUAGGGUGGUGAUUUUUUUACAAAGAAGAGCACAGGCAAUAGAGCGCACAGUAGCUGUAUUCCAUCAGAGUGGCAGAUCUAGAUACCCCAUAAAAUAAAUUGUGCAACUACAUCAACCUUGUGAGAGCUGCCUGCUGCUCGUACGUCCUUUCCGGCGGUAUUACUUCACUAGAAGUUGUACUUUCGAGCAGUAGUACUGUCCUUGGCGACUUGUACAACUUUGCGUCCAAUACUAGUACGUCCUCGUGCAGCAGGGAAAGGUGGUCACUUGCUUAAACGUUAAAAGAAAUACGACCUUCGGCUACCUCAACUCGGUUUUUUGUUGAACUGCAUGCACGCAUCUACUCCAUCUGCUUCCGCCCGAUAAUAUUAUCGGUGGAACUUGUUCACCAAGAACUUCUACUCCUCCGACUCGAAUAGUGCACCCACAUUAUCAUCCACCAGUGAACCACUUGGAGUGAAGUAGUAAAGGGACGAUCGCAACAACCAAGCACAGUAAAGCACGAAAAACAAGAACUACUACUACAUCCCCGGCGGAACUUCUUGCUACAAACGGCUACAUCGAGCACUUCUCGUCCGAAAAGUCGAAGACGACAAGACCUGCACGAAGAUAAUAAAUUGCAUCAAGACAAUGGCGAAUCUCACUUCGGAGUUCAGCCUGCAGACGAUGCCCGGCCCGAAGCUGGUGCCCAAUUUCUCGCGGCAGACAAACCGGAAGCCCAUGAGCACGCUGUACAAUUACUAUGACGAAAACAACCCAUAUCGCAAGAAAAAAAAAUGUCUCUUCACUGCGCCGAUGUUGAUGUAAAGUUGUAAACUCGCGACGCACAGACAGGAUAUUUUCAUGUUGCAUCAGCAACAGCCACUGACACAGACGUGCCUGUCCUAUGCAACACGCCAUGCUAGACACGCGUGGCAUGCUAUUCUCUUCGGAAGCACGCGUGGCAUUUUUUCUGUUGUUGUGUAGAAACAAGAGCACAACUUCUUGUGAUGCAAACCUGUUUGCAAUACAAAUGCGUUGCAGUGAAACAUUUUUUUCGUGCGAUAAGCCAACGGUGGUCGCGUCCGUAGACAAGUGGAAUCGCGAGUUCGAUCCGGAAAGGGCCGUGAAAAGCACACUGCCAAGUAAAGUUUUCCUUUUUCGUUUCUAUUUUUUACUCAUACGGUGUGCUGCUCGUGGUCGUGCGUUGGGGUUGUUGGUAUGCAUCAGUAGAAGAACACUUCCGUACUCGUCUUCUAUUUGGUCUCAACAACAUCCUGGCACUUCUAGUUUGCGAUAAUUUGUGCACAAUUUGGUGGUGAGAGUGGAUGCGAAGAUACCAUAAAAAAUUCAAACUCACAAGUGCUGGUGCACGUAGAAGUAAGUAUGACAUCCACUACACAAAAAGGUAAACGCGAGGGGCUGGAGUUCCGGAAGUCAAUCAAAAGAGACCAGGCGCUUUUUGGAACCAGGGCAUUCGGGCAAGAUGCAAACCUGAUGAAGGUAUUUUCAUUGCUAAAACUUGCAAGCACAAUUUUACACUCCGAGACGAUUACAUGCACAAGCAGCUGCACCAGGAGCGCCGCUCUACUUACUUAUAAGAUGAAAUAUCUGAAUUUCGUUUGGUGUGAUGAUUCAAUUCUUAUCGCAGGCCCGACACGUCCAAGAGCUGAAUAGCAUAGAGCAGAUCGAGCAAGACAGGUUAGACCCAUCUAUCACCAGCAAAUAAUAUGUGGUCUUUUGGGUCGUCUGGUACAACAAGCCUGUCAUGCUGAUAGUUGCGGACUAUUGAGACGGCGCAUCUAUAUCUACAUGCAGCCAAAAGCAUGACAAGUUGCUGCGCACGACGUUUCAGUACUACAUCUGCAGUGUCGUGACGAGCAUCGUCACAAGCCUUUGCAGAUGACCCGCCAGAAGAUUUUUGCUAUUUGCACUGCAUACCAGCCUGCUGCAAGCGAAAGGUGCUCGGAAAUCACGACAUGUAUAUGCAGAGGGGCCGCGGGCCGAGCGAAAAACUCCGGGCAAACAGGUAUAGGAAUUAAUAUGGGCUUCACAAAUAAAUAUGCGCAAGAACUACAGAAAAGGAUCCCUUGCUUUGUUUCCUGCCUGUUGUGGGAACAAGUAGAAGCCCUUUAUUUCUCUUCUUGUGGCGCGAGCUAGUUGUGCAGACGAGUAGCACGAUAUCAAAGCUUUGGAUGUGGCUCUUGAGGACUUCAGACUGCAAAAAACUAAUCACACCACGAUCGUAAGAUAUGAAAAAAAAUCCAGCCCCCCGCGACAAAACCCACUCCUUAUGGAGAAAACGAAAGUGUAUCGGGAGCUCCGACCCGGAGAAGGGAAGCUGAGCAACAUUGCCGAACUCAGCAAAGUGGGAGGUAUUGUUCCAGUAGAGAAUAAUAAGAAUUUGUUUUUUCGCACUGUCACUCGAUUCUACUUCUUCAGCAUGUUUUUUGUUUUGAAAAUCGAAAUCCAGACGAUUCAUCCUCCAUUCGAUGACUGUCUCCACGAGGACUCCGUAGACGAUAAGUACGUAUGACUAUUACAUCAGGCGAAAUCAAGCUGAACCGGAAAGAUCGGCAGUGGAUACCAUUGGAGGCGUGAAGAUGCCUGCAAGUAGACGAGGACCACCAUGGUAACAACUGCAAGUAGAAUGAAGAUAAACUCAUCUGGUAAUACGAUUUUGUGGACAAAAUGUAUUGCAACAAACUUCCAGUUCCAGUUCUGUUACUAGAUGGUACUAGGGGAGGACCAAAUUGAAACGUUUCGCCGGAGGAAG